AUGAGUGAUGGAUCGCAGUCGGCGACGACACCCCAAGAUGGGUUCGACGCUCACAGCAAUGCCCGGGAUAUUGUCAAGUUGUUCCAGUGUCCACAGUGUUCUCUAGCCCUCUACGAGCCCAUGACCUUGCCGUGCGGCAAUGCUCUUUGUCGGCGAUGUCUUCCACCUCUAUACAAACGGGAGAACAUUACCUACCCUAUUGUCCAGGGCCGAUCCGAGGGUUUCUCGUGCCCAUUUGAUGGCUGUGGCUCGGAGCACUCAGUCGGUGACUGCGGGGUUGACGUAACCCUCAACAAGAUUGGGCAUAUUGUGAAAGCCUUCUUAUCGAAAUAUAAGACGGAAGGCCCCCAGCUUCCGCUUCUGCUGGAAGAAAAGCUGAACCACCCUGGCCCUGGCGACAAUCCCACUGAAGUCAGACCACGCUCGCGCGUGCUUUCAGGGGGUCGAAUCGCAGCGACUUUUGUCUUGGCAGAUAUGGGCGAGUUGAACUACCACUCCGACGUUGCCUAUACGCCUGUCAACGCCAGCACCGCUGAUCUUUUGCGCGCAGCCGACGAGGCCGUUCUGGAAAAUCUAAGGGAAGCGAUUCGACCCGAAUUGGAAUGUCAGGUCUGCUACCAGAUCAUGCUGGAUCCAUUGACCACCUCAUGCGGUCAUACCUUCUGUAGAAGGUGUUUCUGCAGGGCCAUGGACCAUACCAACCACUGCCCUAUGUGUCGUCGCCUACUGCCACUGGUCCAUACACAACAGAUGACGCCCAGCAACAAGAGAGUAACGCGUUUGAUACAACACCUAUUGCCCGAUCUUCUCGUGGCGAGGAAGGUCCUCGCCGCACAGGAAGACAUGGUAGAUGAAGAGACGCAAUUGCCGCUGUUUCCCUGUACCUUGGUGUAUCCCCAGAUGCCCACAUUUUUGCAUAUUUUCGAACCGCGAUAUCGGUUAAUGGUCAGGCGAGUCCUGGAAAACGGCACACGCAAGUUCGGCAUGUUGGCAUACAAGCCACAUAGUGAAUACCAGCAAGGCGGCCCUCAUUGGCAAGAGUACGGAACAGUUUUGUUUAUUGAGCGAGUGGAGAUGCUGGCCGACGGUCGGAGUCUCUUGGAAACGCGGGGUUUAUACAAAUUUCGAGUCGUUGAGACCGGGAUGGUUGAUGGCUACCUCACUGGUCGAAUACAACGCUUUGAUGACAUUAGCGUGCACGAAGAGGAGGUGAUAGAAGCCCAGGAGACAACUAUGUUAGCACAGCCCGAGGACGACGAUCUUGCCAGACUCUACCAUUCGUCUACACAGCAACUCCUGGAAUACGGGCUGGAGUUUGUUCGCUCAGCUCAAGCGCGUUCAGCACGAUGGUUGCACCAACGGGUGCUUUCCGCCUACGGACAACCACCAGAGGAUGCGUCAACGUUCCCUUACUGGCUCGCGAGUGUCUUGCCAAUCGCAGAGACGGAGAAGUACGCUUUGCUUCCUGCCUCGAGCGUGAGGGAACGCUUGAGAAUUACGGCCGGUUGGAUCUACCGACUUGAGCAAGCACGUUGUGAGUACGAAGCGGAGCUAGCCGCCAAAGCGCGAGAGCAACAGGAUCGACGUGGGCCGGAGCCUCUUGAGGCUAUCGCAACUAAUCAGACCGCACGGCUUGAACCUCAGUCGGGGACAGCACGCGAAGCGGAGGUUGCCGAGGCUGAAUCACAUGAGCUUGAGAAUUCAGAGGCUGGAGCAGGGACAGCCGAGCUCGAUGAAAGUUGA